UCGGUCAACACAGUUGCCACCGCGGGGUUAGGUUGCAGUGCCAGGGAGCCAGGGUCGCUGGGCUAGAAGAUUUCUACCUGAACCCCAUUUUUGUCUGGUGGUGUGGGAUUGUGGAAGCCCAUUAAAAGCAGGUCAGGUUUGAGAGCUCAUGAAGAAAAUGAAAAGCUGCUGAGGAAUCUGGAACAUUUUGAAAGUAAGAAAUGUCUCAAGAUGUGAGAUCUGAUAUUAAUUUAAAAGAACCACAAUGGGACCAGGGGACCUUCAUGGGGCGAGCCAAGCACUUCUUCAUGGUGACUGACCCCCGCAAUGUUCUACUCUCCAGUGAAGCAUUAGAGGCAGCAAGGACCAUUGUAGAGGACUACAAGCAUGGCAAAGUCCAGCCAGGUCUUACGGAAGACAAACUUUGGCGAGCAAAGUACAUGUAUGAUUCAGCUUUUCAUCCAGACACGGGUGAAAAAAUGCUUCUGAUUGGGCGGAUGUCUGCGCAGGUCCCAAUGAAUAUGACCAUCACUGGUUGCAUGCUGACAUUUUACAGGACAACUCCAGCAGUAGUCUUUUGGCAAUGGGCAAAUCAGUCCUUUAAUGCAGUUGUCAACUAUACCAACAGAAGUGGAGAUGCACCACUGUCAGUGGGCCAACUGGGUACUGCAUAUGUCAGUGCAACAACUGGUGCUGUUGUCACAGCCCUUGGGCUGAAGUCUCUUACUAAGCAUUUGCCCUCCCUGAUUGCACGUUUUGUGCCGUUUGCUGCAGUAGCUGCUGCCAACUGUAUCAAUAUCCCUCUCAUGCGGCAGAGGGAACUUAAGUUUGGGAUUCCAGUCACAGAUAUCAAUGGGAAUCGACUUGGGGAGUCGCCCAAGGCAGCACAGCAGGCCAUUGCCCAGGUGGUGGUAUCUCGGAUUGGCAUGGCAAUACCCGCCAUGGCAAUACCCCCAGUUAUCAUGAAUGCUUUGGAAAAGCAGGCAUUUUUAAAGCAUUUCCCAUUGUUCAAUGCUCCUAUUCAGAGCGGGCUGGUGGGCCUCUGCUUGGUGUUUGCCACUCCACUGUGCUGUGCACUUUUCCCACAAAAAAGCUCUAUGAAAGUCUCCCACCUGGAACCAGAACUUCAGGCUCAGAUUCAGGCGAGCAAUCCUGGCGUCGAUGUAGUUUACUUCAACAAGGGCUUAUAGACAAGUUUAGCAAAAGCAAUGUGGCCAGAACAGUCAACAAUCCAACUCAACAGCAGCAGUAACCUUCUCUUAAAUUGCCUGUAAUAAUGAUCCUAGAAUUCGCAGCUACUUUUCACCAAAACUGUUCUUUUAAUUUUGUGAGACACCCCAGGUGGGUGUUGGGUAAUACCUUUGUAUAUGCUGAGGAGGUAAUGAAGCUAAAACAAAACAAAAUAUAUGAUUUGGAUCAUUGACUGUCAUCACUUCCACCCUUUUUUUGAUUGAGUAAUAUGUAUACAGGUAUUUGUACACCUGGGCAAGUUGUUGGUGCAUGGUCAAGUGGAAGUUAAAAUAUUGAUUGGUAACCCAGGAGCCAAGAAUUCUUUUUGGGGUUCUUUGGGUUUUAAAACUGAAUUGCUAAGAUUUUGAAAUUCCAGUUAUCUAGAACAGGAAUAAAAAGUUAAUUCCAAACCAUACACUAAUACCCAUGUUGGACACAACAUCUCCCAACCUCUACUGCCUCUCAGGGAAUCCAUGAUUCUUCUAAACCAACCCAUGCUUGUAGGAUUUAAGGUUAGAAACUCAUGAUUUCCAUGUGCCAUGCCAAGAUUGUCCAUAGUAAGCCCUGGGAAAUGUUAACUACAGUUAAUUUUCUUGCACUUCAUUGCUUUUGUUUGCUCUGUGUGGCUACAGCAGUUUGUAGUUGAUCAUUUUAAAAUUUAUAAUAUUACUCUGUUAAGAGGGUGCUUUUUUUUCUGCCAUUUCAAGAUUUGAAACAGUUUCCCAUGGAAAUUAUCUGCCAUAAUAGGAAACAAGGUUCAAGCAAGGUGCCCUCUGCUUCUGCUUUUAAUUAGCUUCAUAAUCUAUUCUGGCAGAAAUCUUCUUGGAUCAUUCUCUGCCACCUUAUUCUAUUCUAGAUUGUGAAUUCCCAUCUAACAAUAUCUUCCCCGUUUUAUACACCUAACCAAAGUUUCAACUGUAAUAUGACCUGUGUGCUUCAGAUUGGAAGCUUUAUCAUAUUGUAAAAUUCAGAUUUAUUGCAGUGGAUGUUUUAUAGAUGACAUAGUGAAGUAUUCAAAGUACAGUGCUUGGAAGUGGAAACAAGUCUCCUUCAGACCACUCCCUUGUCUUUUGUCACAUGUCAGCUGUCAAACAGGGUUUCUUCAGUCUUAAAAACAAAAAAACAGCAGAUGCUGGAAAUCCAAAA